AUGCCGCCAAAGAAGGCUAAAAAACGGCCCCCACCGGCCCCACCAUUGCAUGGCUGUACGAUCGCUCUCAGUGGCAGUUUUGGCAUGGCCCAGGGAGUCAUUGAAGAGACUUACCUCGAGCCCCUUGGUGCUUCAUUGGCCAAGAGCGUCAAUGCAAACACCUCUCACCUAGUCACUACAGAGGCGGACUUCAACAAGCCUUCUGCGAAGGUGAAGGCCGCCAAAACCAAUGGAGUUUCAAUUAUCAACCUCAAUUGGUUGGAGGAUUGCUUAGCACAGUCGAGCAGGUUGAACGAACGGGACUAUGGCUUUGAUGUACCUGAUGAUGAUGCCGGUGCCGCACCUGCCACUAACGCCCAACCACAAUUGCAGCCCGGCAAGACUAAUGGCUCUCGCAAGCGACCUGUCACAUCUGCCGACACGGGAGCGAGCGACGAAGAGUCUCAGCCGCAGCCCAAGAAGAAGGCUAAGGCAGAUUCACAGACCGAGUCCAAAAUUCCGGAGAUUGGUGCUGCCCAGAUCGCUCAAAAGGGCACCUUGAUUCCAUUGGAUGAGGCCUGUCCACUGACUCACUACGCGGUUUAUACCGAUGGGGCUGGCAUUAUCUACGACGCCUCUUUGAACCAAACCAACGCCGGACAAAAUAAUAACAAAUUCUACCGAGUCCAGCUUCUGCACAAUGGCGGCGAUUACAAAACGUGGACCCGCUGGGGACGCGUGGGAGAACGCGGUCAGACGGCUACAUUGGGUGGUGGCUGUCUGGAUGAUGCUAUGAAGAAUUUCCUCAAGAAAUUCAAGAAUAAGUCCGGUUUAUCCUGGACUGACCGAGGAGCAAGCCCUAAGGCGGGCAAAUACACUUUCGUUGAGCGAUCCUAUGACCCUGACUCUGAAGAGGAGGACGGGGAUGAGGACUCAAACAAUGUGAAGACUGAGGAUGACCUGGAGGUACCCCAGUCAAAGCUUACCCCUGCAGUCCAAGAACUGAUGGAACUCAUCUUUGACCCGCAGUAUUUCGCUGCUACGAUGAGUGAUCUCAACUACGAUGCAAAGAAGCUCCCACUCGGCAAGCUGAGCAAAACCACCAUUACUCGGGGUUAUCAAACCUUGAAAGACCUCUCGGCGCUCCUGGAUAACUCAAAUCUAGCUCAGACUCAGUAUGGAACCUCGUGGCCAGAGGCAACUGAGAUGUUAUCCAAUACCUACUUCUCUCUGAUUCCGCAUGCUUUCGGCCGCAGUAGACCUCCUGUCAUUCGAGACCAUACGUUGCUCAAGAGAGAAGCAGAGCUUCUCGACAGUUUGAGUGAUCUCAAGGAUGCAGCUGGCAUCAUGAAUGUCAAAAAGGAUGUUGAAAGACUUCACACGCUCGAUCGGCAGUUCCAAGGCUUGGGUCUCGAUGAGAUGACGCCACUCAAGAGUGACAGCGCCGAGUUCCGUGAGCUGAAGAACUAUCUGACGGAAACUCGAGGGCAGACACACUGUGUCAAUUAUCAGAUAUCUCAGAUCUUCCGAAUUGAGAGACAAGGGGAGAAAGACCGUUUCGAAAGCCAGUUCGCAGGACCUCCGAAAGACCGAAGACUCCUAUGGCAUGGAAGCAGAGCCACCAAUUUCGGUGGCAUCCUCAGUCAAGGGUUGAGAAUAGCGCCCCCGGAAGCCCCGGCGACCGGCUACAUGUUCGGAAAGGGUAUUUAUUUGGCUGACAUGAGUUCAAAGUCGGCAAACUAUUGCUACUCCUACAUUACCGGUGGCCACGCAUUGCUUCUUCUAUGUGAAGCCGAACUCGGUAAUCCCUUGCAAAUUCUCACCAAUGCCUCGUACAACGCGGACGCGAAUGCCAAGGCGAAAGGAAUGCUGUCCACCUGGGGUCAAGGUAUCACAGGACCUAGCCUGUGGAAAGACGCCGAAUGUGUCCAUCCGUCUCUGAAAGGCGUGAAGAUGCCGGACGUAACUGUGAAGCCCGGAAAUACCGAGGUCCACAACGCAUACCUCCAAUACAACGAGUACAUUGCCUAUAAUGUCCAGCAGGUGCGACUCAGAUACCUACUUCGAGUCAAAAUGUAG